UAUAAAAAAAAGCCGAGUGAAGAGCUCAGUUAGGCUACCUCUCUCGUGCUUGACUCGACCCAAGAGGACCAUGCAGAGGCUCGCGUCAUACGUUUUCUUUAUUGUGUGCUGUGGUCUGGUGUUAUCCCAGACGAAAACAGAACAACAAUGUUUGAGGGAGAAGGUCAUCACAUUCCCAGAGCUGACCACCAGCAGCUGGGUGAAGCUCCACCCAAAUGAAUCCAUGGAUAUGCCUGCAGUCACCGUGUGUUUGAGAUUCUACGCUGACCAACUGACCGCCAACCCAUGUCUGUUUUCUCUGGCCACGCCAUCCCACCCUCAAGACUUUUCUUUAUCUUGGUCAGCUGACCUCAAACAAUACCAGAUGUCGAUUCACAACACCCCUGUUCAAUUCAAAGGGUUGACAUUCAAUUUAAAUCAGUGGAACUCGGUGUGUGCGACCUGGGAUGCCAACAGCGGUCUUGCACAGAUGUUUGUGAAUGAAGUAGCCAGCAUUAGGAGGGUGGUGGACCCUAAGGUAGCUUUCAAUGACGCACCCGUCAUAACACUCGGCCAGCAUCAGACCCGAUAUGAUGGAGGGUUCCAGCUAACUAAUGUCUUCACAGGCUUUAUAUCAGAUGUGCACGUGCACAAACAAGCCCUUUCCCCCCGUCAGAUUAAGACCUACAUGGUCCAAAAGACCAAAUACAAACUUGGGGAUUACAUUAACUGGCACAAUCUGAAAUACACCAUUGCUGGGUCUGCUCAAGUAGAAGAAAAGCAGCAAGUAACCUUCUAUACCAAAGAAGAGCAGAUUUAGAGCUGCAAUAUCAUUGUACUGUCAUGAGAAAUUAAUAAACAUCUUGACUGUGAA